AUGCAAUCAUUCAUGAUACCUGUGGAUGAUGAGUUAGCCCAACUGGCUUCUGGGGUAUCAACAUAUGACUGUGUCAAGAAGGAAUUUUUUGAUCUUCAUGCCUAUGUUAUCCUCAAUCAUGGAGACAUAAUAGCCACUGAGAAGAUGUUGAAUAUCAAGGGCCACAAUGCCUACUGUCCAUGCAGAUCAUGCUACAUAAGAGGGACUAGACUUGGGAACACAUAUUAUAUUCCACUUAUCAAGCCAGAUGAUGGAGCUGAACAUGGAGAGUACUAUGAUGCUCAAGCACUUGUAAUGAGAAGUGAUGAGGAUUUUGAUAAACACAUCAAAGCAAUGAACUCUGCUACUACAAAAAAUAUAGAGCUCAAUUGGCACGUCACUAUGGUGUAAAGGGUCAUCCUGUACUACAAAGAGUAGCAUCUCUGGACAGAGCACGUUCAUAUCCCUGGGAAUGGAUGCAUCUAUUUUGUGAGAAUAAUCUGCCUAACCUCACCAAAGCUUGGUCUGGGAAAUUCAAGGGAUUGGAUACUGGAAAAGAGUCCUAUGAAAUAUCCCAUGACAAAUGGAAAGAGAUUGGCCAAGAGACAGUUGACUCUGUGAAGCAUAUCCCUGCCAGCUUUGUUGGGAGGUUGGGCAAUGUUGCAGAUGACUCUGGGAAUUAUACAGCAGAGUCAUGGGCCUUCUGGUUCAUGUACAUUGCUCCAUAUGUCAUGCAUGAGAGAUUCAGCAGUGAAAAGUAUUAUAUCCACAUGUGUCAGUUGGUUGACAUCAUGAAGACAACUUUACAAUUCACUCUCAAGAGGAGUGAGCUGCCAAAGCUCAGAGCAACUAUCAUUGAUUGGGUCAAGAAAUAUGAGGAGUACUACUAUCAGUACAAGUCUGAGAGGUUAUCAUUCUGCCUUCUUGUUGUUCAUGGCCUUCUCCACUUAGUGGAUGAUAUUGAGUAUGCUGGGCCUAUGUGGGCUACAUGGACCUUCUACAUUGAGAGAUUCUGUGGUUUUCUCAAGUCUGCUAUGAAGUCUCGUCGCUAUCCUUGGGCAAACUUGAACAACAAGGCAAUAAAUCUGGCCUAUCUAGAGCAGCUCAAUGUCAGAUAUGACCUACAGAAUGAACUGGGUCUUUUGAAAAAAGACUCAAGUAAGCCUACCAAGUUUGAGAGACUAUAUCCAAAAUAUCCACAAACUAUGCUUGGUGCUCCUCAUCAACAGAUAUAUGAGCCUGAUAACAAUGUCAGGAGACUUAUUGCUGUAUAUCUCCAGGCACUGGUGGGAGGUAGUGUCAGCUCAAUUCAGAGACUCCUCCCAAAGUCAAUGUCAACAUGGGGCAAAGUGCGCAUCUUGCCAAGAGGAGAUACAAUCCAUUGCUCUCAUUCAGGACAUAAGGAGCGAGAUUCAUCCUAUGUAAGAUAUGAGUUCUUGGACACUCAAAGUGGCAAGCGCAUGAUAUAUUAUGGCCAGCUGGAGCAAAUCAUUGUCUGUCAGUUAUCCAAUGACAGACAGCUUUGGGAUCAGUAUGCAAACCAGACCAUUCUUCUUGCUCUUCUCACACCAUGUCAAACACAUGGUAGAGAUGCCACUGAGGAACUCACAUGGUAUACUACAUAUCUCAAACCUCGCAUUUUGGAUAUCAAGGCCAUACAAUGUGUUGUUGGUAGGGUCUACUCCAGGAAUAAGUGGGGAAUCAUUGACAGAAGUGAUGACCAAGCAAGGACUUUGUUUGUUGAUACAGAGGUUGAGGGAGGAUUAGAUAGUGAUUCUGAUUCUGAAUAAGUCUACUGCAAUGCAUCCUUUGUAUACUGUGACAUGUUUGUAUUUGCAACGUCAAUGUUCUAGCAAUGUACAACUACUCCUUGUCAUUCAUUAACAUUCAACAGGCACACCUAUCUAGCUACAUACCAGAGGCGGGCCGAGAGGUUGAGAUGCCAUUCAAGCG